AUGGUCCCUUUGACAAAAGGGGUGUGGGACUGGCAUGCAGCGACAUGGGCAGCCGUCACAGGGGAGGCCGCGCCGCCUCGCAGCACGGACCUGCUGCUGGCAGAUGACACCAGGGUGAAGGCUCUCCUGGCCGACUGGCGACUUGCCACCGCCAACAUUCGGCUGUCACCGGGCGUGCUCAGCGACUGGCUCCGGGGACGCGAUCCCACUUUCAGCCGGGAGGAGUUCACAGCGCGCUGGUGCCACCGCGGAGUCCUCUGCACGGUGGACGCCCUGCCGGACGCACAGCCAGUCAUCCGCUGGAGCGCACAGCACCCAAAGAAGUGGCAAGUGGUGCACGCUUCCCAUCUGGACCGGCGGCAGCGCGUGACAGCGUGGAGGCUGCUGCAUGGCCAGCUCUUCGUCGGCGGCUUCGCGCGUCACGUCCACCGCGCCGAUCCCGCCGGUCACGUUUGCCCGCAUCCGAGCUGUGCAGGUCAGCUGGCCACACUCACCCAUGUCUUCAUCAUCUGCCCUCUCGCCGCCGGGGUGUGGGACUGGUUCGCAGCGACAUGGGCCGCGGUGACCGGAGACGACGCGCCACCGCGCAGCGCCGACCUUCUUCUCGCCGAUGACACCAGGAUCUGGGGACCGCCGCGGCAGCUCAGGCAGCUCUGGGAUCGCCUGAGGCUCGCUACAAUCUGUCAGCUGUGGGCAGCAUAUCAGCGCGGCCGCCACCAGCCAGAUGCGGCGGCGAUCACCCCCGGAGCGGUUGCGGCUCGCAUCCUGUCUUCCUGCAAGAAGGCCCUGCUUGCCGAUUGGCGGCUCGCGACCGUCAACGUCCGGCAGACAGCAGGUGUGCUCAGCGACUGGCUUCGCGGACGCGACCCGAUGAUCACCAGGGAGCAGUUUGCGGCGCGAUGGUGCCACCGCGCGGUCCUCUGCGCGCUGGAGGAGCUGCCGGGCGCGCAACCAGUCAUCCACUGGAGUGCCCAGCAUCCCGUGCCGCUUCCAGCGUGA